CCGUUUAUUUUCUCUCUCUUCAUUUCUCUCUCUCUCUCUAUCUCUCCAAACCAACGAAGGCAAGCACUGAACUGAGGUGGAUGAUUAUUGUUUUCUGAGCUGUUAGUAGACGAUUAACAGUUUUUGAGCUGUGUUCGUGGACGAUUAUUAGUUUUUGAGCAGUGCGAAUUCGAGUGAAGACGAAGAAUUGGUUUAGAAUCUGCAAAUGAGCGUCGAACCGAUCGGGCAGAGUUUGAUCAUUUCAUUUGUCGGAGAAGAUCGUCGAGCUGAGAUCGCAUUUCACCUCAUCCUGGAUCUGGCAGUGCAUACCAUUCUAUAGGGUGGCAUAUCAUGAUAUGGAGAAAACAUUCUGGAGAAUAUUGCCAACGUGAGAGAACUGGCUUAUGCCGAUUAUCUUGUUUUUAAGUGAAUAUGGAAAGUGAUCAGAAUCAUCAGAUUACGAAUACUCCUUCAGAAGGUUCUGGAGAUGGUCUACAGAGAGUUCAAACUUCGCAAGGGAGAAGAAGUGGUCCGACACGACGUUCGACUAAAGGGCAAUGGACACCAGAAGAGGAUGAAAUUUUACGGAUGGCUGUUCAACGAUUCAAAGGGAAAAACUGGAGAAAGAUAGCCGAGUGUUUCAAGGAUCGAGCAGAUGUACAGUGCUUACACAGAUGGCAAAAAGUUCUGAAUCCAGAACUUGUCAAAGGUCCAUGGUCAAAAGAGGAGGAUGAAGUAAUAGUUGAAUUGGUGAACAAAUAUGGUCCAAAAAAGUGGUCUACCAUUGCACAGCAUCUUCCUGGGCGUAUUGGAAAGCAAUGUAGGGAACGGUGGCACAAUCAUCUUAAUCCUAAUAUAAACAAAGAAGCUUGGACACAAGAGGAGGAACUAGCUUUGAUUCGUGCACAUCAAAUUUAUGGAAACAAGUGGGCAGAGUUGACAAAGUUCUUGCCAGGAAGAACCGAUAAUGCGAUUAAAAAUCAUUGGAAUUCUUCUGUCAAGAAGAAAGUGGAUAUGUAUGUGGCGUCAGGGUUACUUUCAAAAUACCAAGGCACACCACUUGUUAUCCAGUCAAAUCAGUCAGCAGUUUCAUCCUCUUCAAAGGCACAACAAAGCAGUGGAGAGGAUAAAGAUGGAGCAGAAGUGGAGGGAGCUUCAGCAUGCAAGUGCUGA